AUGACAUCGCCUUUGCUUCCACCGAGAAGCCGAAAGAGGUUGGAUGAAUCUAUACCACCCAUCAUAAGACCUCUUAUUCGGGCCUAUGUCUUAGGCUACGCUUCUACCGUUACACCAAGGCUCCUCACGUUGAUUCUCAAGCAUGUAACUAGAAGCCGGAGGGACAAGGGUGCUGUCAUUGUCACGCAGCCCCACGACUCCUUCAUUUCAUCCCUGCAACGUAUCGUUCGUGGGGGGCUAGAACUUCAAAGAUUUCCAACUUUCUGUGCAGCACUCGUAGGCGGAACUACGCUACUAGAGGCAAGAUCUCCCAUGAUUACCCUAUAUAUGCUCGAUGCUCGAUUCGAAACGUAUAGUCGGUGCUACCCCGAGAGCGUAAAGCUAACAUACCUAUCUAUUGAAGGUUUUGCUGAGCUUGCGAGUUGGUUGUCGACUUUCAUUGCAGCCUGGCUCAGUCUCAGGCUACUGCAGUCAAAGAAGAGCGAUGGUUUCUCAAAGACGGUCACUGUCGAUUCAGACGACCCGCAAUGCGCCAAGCAGGAAACGGUGCAUUAUGCUGGACGAACUUUAGACCUGACCUUGUUCGCCGUAACCAGAGCUCUUGAUGUGAUUGUCAGUGAGGUAUGGACCCGGAGAGGACAGCGUAGGGUCACCACCGGCAAAUGGACCUGGGCCGAGUCCUUGGUAUCUAAGUUGGCUGACCCUACUAUCUUCGCCACGUCUUCCGCCCUUAUCAUGUGGGCAUGGUUUUACUAUCCUUCGCAGCUACCCAAGGCAUAUACAAAAUGGAUUAGCUCGGCCGCGGCGAUAGACUUACGCCUUAUUGAAGCACUCAAGCGUUGCCGCAACGGGGAGCUCCGAUACGGCGAGGAGACGGGUCAAGCGCCGCUGCUCCAAUCGAUGUGUGAGGACUACAGAUGGCCACUGGCGUGGGGCGAUCCCGUCCAAUCCAUCCCAUUUCCGUGCCACCUGGUGCACAUGCGUUACGGGGUGUCCUGCGAAUACAACGCUCUGUCGCGAUUCUUCCGAUCUUUCAAGUGGGCCAUGACUACGUAUCUACCCCUGAACCUGCUAGCCAGGAAGAAAAACCUCAAGGGAGUUAAAAUGGCGUUCCUGUCCGCAGCACGCUCCUCGUCGUUCCUAGCCACGUUCAUCGCCCUUUUCUACUACGGCGUGUGUCUGGCGCGGACGAGGCUCGGCCCGCACGUCGUCGGGAAGGACACGAGAUCCAGACAGACUAUCGACCAGGGCCUGUGCAUCGGCGUCGGCUGUUUCCUAUGCGGAUGGAGCGUCCUUGUGGAGAAGGCGGCGCGCAGGAAAGAGCUGGCGCUCUUCGUCGCGCCCAGGGCUAUGGCGACGCUUCUGCCUAGACGAUACUCCCUCGACAAGCAAUGGAGGGAGACGUUCGUGUUCGCCUUUAGCACGGCGGUGGUGUUUACUUGCGUUAAAGAGAAUCGGGGAAGGGUCCGCGGUAUGUUCGGUAGGCUUCUGGGAGCUGUUUUGGAACCGUAGAUAUACCCAGGCACUUGGCUGCUUUUCUUCUUCCGUCCAAGUCAGACAUUUAUUUAUAUGUCUGACCUUUGGAAUACACCCCCCCUUUGUGUUUUACUGAUCUACCCCUGAUGUUCUACUAUAAUCCGGCCGAAGAAGCGGUGCGUUUUUAAAGAGAUGUUGCAUUUAGACAAGGGUGGGAAGGGCAUCAAGCGGGAUAUACAAAUAGGGGUUUGAAAAGGGAGUGUUGAAUGGUGCAUUCCGAGGUAAUGUAAAUACCAUAAUUGUGUUUAGUUAAUCAUGUCUGGAUAGGAGAUUCGCUGGGAGGAGUGAUCGUCGGAAGAGAGAAGAGGAGAGGAGAUGAGAGGAGAGAGGAGAGGAGAUGAGAGGAGAUGAGAAAGCAAUCGAGCUGGGCUUGUCAUUGUUUAUAUAUAAUAACUAAUGAUUAAUGAAGGACUUUGAAGUCUAUAAAGCCUGAC